UCGAUGACAGAUCCAUCGCCCCCAAAGUUACAAGCUUGCAAGUCUAAUAUCCAGUGUCUGGCGUAACAAUGGUCGACUUCAAAUAUGCCGAGCCGAAAGGACAGUAUGGCUGCUAUACGCUCUCGCUUGUAGCAUUGCUCCGCUUGCGGUCGCUUGUUCAAUCCUGCGUUUUGAAAAGUGCUGAGGCACGCCUGCCUCUUCCUGGAGGAUGCAGAGAGUUCAAUUUCGGGCUAGAGCCUUGCAAUACCGCUUGUUUUGAUGCAUAA